GUCUGUUUUCGCUCCUGCUGUGUGCCUUCCAGGGUCACCGGACCAGCCAGGCCUGCCCUGCCCAGUGGAACACGCAGCUCGGCCCGCUCCGAGUUCCGGCGCUCAGGCUGCAGGGCAGGGGCCCGCCACACGAGGGUUUGGAACCAAGUCUAACUCUUUCCGCAGGCGAGGUCUGAGUUCAAGGCACAAAAUGAUAGCCUUCGUCCCCACUGCCCUGCGCUUGUCCCUGACGCGCUGGCUGCGGAGGCCAAGGCCUCUACAGCGGAAGGUGGGUGGCCCAGUUUCUUGGAUCCCAGCCAGGAUGGCGGCGACAGUGACCGUGGAGCCUGAGGGCCACUGCUGCUGGGACGAGCCGGUGCGCAUCGCGGUGCGCGGCCUGGCCCCCGAACAGCCGGUCACGCUGCGCGCGUCCCUGCGCGACGAGAAGGGGACGCUCUUCCGGGCCCACGCGCGCUACCGCGCGGACGGCGGCGGCGAGCUGGACCUGGAGCGCGCGCCCGCGCUGGGCGGCAGCUUCGCGGGGCUCGAGCCCAUGGGCCUCAUCUGGGCCCUGGAGCCCGACAAGCCCAUCGAGAAGCUCACCAAGCGGGACGUGCAGACGCCCUUCGCGGUGGAGCUGGAGGUGCGCGAGGGCCACGAGCCCGAGCCGCGGCGGGUCCUGGGCCGGGCGGUGCACGAGCGCCACUUCCUGCGGCCCGGGGUGCGGAGGGAGCCCGUGCGCGCGGGCCGCGUGCGCGCCACGCUCUUCCUGCCGCCAGGACCGGGGCCCUAUCCUGGGAUCAUAGACAUUUAUGGAAUCGGAGGUGGCCUUCAGGAGUACCGAGCUAGUCUGCUGGCUGGGAAGGGUUUUGCAGUGAUGGCUCUGGCUUAUGUUAACUACGAUGACCUCCCCAAGACCAUUAAGAGCCUGCACCUGGAGUACUUUGAAGAGGCCGUGAACUACCUGCUCAGUCGCCCUGAGGUGAAAGGUCCAGGAAUUGGGCUGCUCGGACAUUCAAAAGGGGGCGAACUCUGCAUCUCCAUGGCUUCAUUCUUGAAGGGCAUCACAGCUGCCACCAUAAUCAACGGCUCCGUGGUCAAUGUAGGGGGGGAGUUAUACUACAAAGAUGAGAUCUUGCCCCCUGUGGGUAUCAACUAUCAUGGGAUCAAGGUGGUCAAAGAUGGCCUUGUAGACAUCAUAGAUGCCCUCAACAACCCAACUGAAGGACCUGACCAGAAGAGCGUCAUUCCCGUGGAAAGGGCUGAGUGUAGCUUCCUGUUCCUUGUUGGUCUGGAUGACCACAACUGGAAGAGUGAGUUCUACGCUAAUGAGGCGUCUAAACGCUUACAGGCCCAUGGUAAGGAAAAGCCCCAGAUCAUCUGUUACCCAAGGACUGGGCAUUAUAUUGAGCCUCCUUACAUCCCCUUGUGCCCAGCUUCCCUGCACAGCUUGGUGGGCAGGCCGGUCAUCUGGGGAGGGGAGACCAGGGCUCAUGCCAUGGCCCAGGUGGAUGCAUGGAAGCAACUGCAGACUUUCUUCCACAGGCACUUAGGUGGUGAGAAGUAAUUCAUUAUUGAACGUUGGGUUGGUUCGGUUUUAGUAUAUACUAGGACCACCAUUAAUAUUAAUUCACUUGAAUGAAUGAAUAUUAUAAAACUUCUGGGCUUUUAUUGCUUUUUCAUUGUUAUUAUAAUUAUAAAGAGUUUUCAUCCAAUAAAAAUUUCAAGAAUUAAAGGGGAGCCAUAAUUAUAAACAAUACAGAGCUCAAACAUUUGAGCAUUACAGAUAAAGCUGACAUCUGCUUCAUUGUUUUGACUAUUGUUACUAUCAACAUCUUCCUUCCCCAAACUAACCUUUGUGAUAAUUGUGAUGUAUAUUCUUUCAGAUGUUAUAUUUGCACAUGCAUAUGCGAACUAAUAAAAACAUUUUGUUCACUAAA